AUGCCGUUCUCCCACAAGCUCGAGCUCCUCGUUCGAGUUAGUCGGCCAACGUACUGGAUAGGGCCUCCGAUUCUGUACUUCUUUGGGAUGUUGCAGGCUGGCACAUAUCCUCAGACUAUUGCAGAGAUCAUCCUUGCUGCCGCACUGUCAUUCCCCCUAUCCUUAGUUAUCUAUGGUGUAAACGAUAUCUACGACCACGACACGGAUAUAAAAAACCCGCGCAAGGGUAAAGCAUGGGCAGAUGGCGCCGUCCUCAAUAAAGCCCAUUAUCAAUAUAUACUAUCUGCCUGCAAAGUCGCUACUACGGGCAUACUUUUCCUUGCAUUACCUGCUUCAAUUCAAUCAUCUCAAAUUCUAGGGCUCAUUUCGGUAUCUCUUGCUGUUGCAUGGGCAUAUUCAUCACCGCCGAUUCGGUUUAAAGAACGGCCAGUUAUGGACUCUAUGUUUAGCGGGUUGCUUUACUGGUCCAUAUGGGCCUGCGGCUUUGUUAUAAGUAAGGAGUCAACUUACAGUGGCAGAGAUAUUUUAACUCAUGGAGCUUGGGUUAUAUUCAAUGUGAUGGGGCUGCACAGCCUCGCAGCUAUUAUUGAUGCAAACGCAGAUGCGGCUGCAAAGGUUCGGACGAUAGCUACAGUCUAUGGAGAAAAAUGUACUGCUUUGUUCAUCAUGGCUUCCUUGUAA